AUGCCUGGCAACGCCGAGUACGCCAACCCCAGCGGCAGCAUCAAGGACCGCGUCGCCAAGUCCCUUAUCCUGGAUGCGGAAGAGCGCGGCCUGCUCAAGCCUGGAGGAACCAUCAUCGAAGCGACUGGAGGCAGCACAGGUGUCUCCCUCGCUCUGUUGGGAGCUUCACGCGGCUACAAGACGCUGCUGACGAUGCCCGACAUCACGGCCAAGGAGAAGGUCCAGAUGAUGAAGACCAUGGGCGCCGAGGUCCACAUCCUGCCCACAACGUCCAUGUCGGACAAGGAGAACCACUUCUUCCACGUAGCUCGUCGGCUAGCAGAGACGACGCCCAACGCCUACUGCCCCAACCAGUUCAACAAUGUCGCCAACAUGCGCGCACACUAUGAAGGCACUGCGCCGGAGAUCUGGCAGCAGGUUGGAGGAGAGAUCGACGGGUUUGUGACAUCUGCGGGCACUUCGGGGACUAUUGCGGGUAUGUCGAGGUUCUUCAAGGAGCAGAACAAGAGUGUGAAGGUGUGGCUCAUUGACCCUGCAGAGGUCGCGAACGUCGCCAUGUUCAUUAACAACAACCGAUCUACUGGCACGAUGGAGGACGGCUACGAGAUGAUGCCGACUGUCAAAGGCUCGACUAUCGCCGAAGGAGUGGCGGCGCUCACGAGCGUCACGCAUAACCUCCGCCAAGCGAUCAUCGACAGAGGCGUCACCGGCACCAACCAGGAGAUCGUGGACAUGGCCUACUUCUUGCUGCGGAACGAUGGGAUCUUCGUUGGCCCAAGCAGCGCGUUGAACGUGCUGGGGGCGGUGAAGAUGGCGAGGGAGCUUGGGCCAGGUUACAUUAUUGUGACCAUCCUGGCGGACGGAGGAGUCCGAUAUGGCAGCAAACUUUACAAUGAAGAAUGGCUAAAGGAGCACGACUUGAUGCCGCAAGAAACAGCCACGAACAGGAACGCCGCGUCGCUGGACUUUGUGCGAGAGCUCGAGUUCCCCACUACGGUGUAA